CCCGCGCCGAAGCUGUGCCGGGGCGCUCUAGCUGCGCUCGCGGUCCCCUCAGUGGUAGUGCGGGGAUUCGGGAAGAGCGGCGGCAGAGUUUGUUGUGCAUGGUUACGAGUUCUUCCCGAACCCGGCGGUGGACCUCGCGCUAAGGUGGAAAGGGUCGUGGUGACCCUAGGCGGGAAGGUGCGGGAGCGUGCAGACGGGUCCCUGGAUAGGACCGGCACCCGGGCCGUGUUAUGGAGGCCGGGUGAUCAGCACAUAACUUAUAAGAGACAGAUCCCUCGACAGAAUUAAACAGGAAAUUUGUUAGAAUCAAGAAUGAUGGAUCCGUGUUCAGUUGGAGUCCAGCUUCGUACCACAAAUGAGUGCCAUAAAACCUACUACACUCGCCACACAGGUUUCAAGACUUUGCAAGAAUUGUCAUCAAACGAUAUGCUUUUACUUCAACUUAGAACCGGAAUGACACUUUCUGGGAACAAUACAAUUUGUUUUCAUCAUGCAAAAAUUUACAUCGACAGAUUUGAGGAUUUACAGAAGUCAUGUUGUGACCCAUUUAACAUACACAAAAAACUAGCCAAAAAAAAUUUGCAUGUAAUUGACUUAGAUGAUGCCACUUUUCUGAGUGCAAAAUUUGGCAGACAGCUUGUACCUGGUUGGAAGCUUUGCCCAAAAUGUACACAGAUAAUCAAUGGAAGUGUGGAUGUUGAUACUGAAGACCGGCAGAGAAGAAAACCUGAUUCGGAUGGAAGAACUGCUAAAGCUUUGAAGUCAUUACAAUUUGCAAACCCAGGGAAGCAAACUGAAUUUGCUCCAGAAACUGGUAAAAGAGAAAAAAGAAGGCUUACAAAAAAUGCAGCUUCUGGUUCAGACAGACAAGUGAUACCGGCAAAGAGCAAGGUCUACGAUAGCCAGGGCCUUCUGAUCUUCAGUGGCAUGGACCUGUGCGACUGCCUUGACGAAGACUGCCUGGGCUGUUUCUAUGCGUGUCCCGCCUGUGGCUCUACCAAGUGUGGGGCGGAAUGCCGCUGUGACCGCAAGUGGCUGUACGAGCAGAUCGAAAUCGAAGGAGGGGAAAUUAUUCAUAAUAAACAUGCUGGAUAGUUUGUGCUGUCAUAUUAUGGGAUCUUUAAAGUACUUUCUCUGUUUCUAAAAUUUUGUCAUUAUAAAGUUGAUUACCAAAUGACAGACAUUUGAAAACCACCCCAGCAUGCACUCUGUGUGCACUAAUAUUGUAAAUUUAGAUCAGCUGUUUCAACAGUCACUUUAAGCCUGCCUGGGUCAAUGCGAACAUAAGUUAUAGGCAGCCCUCAGUUUGCCUGUAUCCACAAAUUUUGAUGGCAGUGAUUUAGUUAAAGAAUACCAGUUCAUAACAGCAAGCUCAAAUUUCAGUUACCACACUAUAUUAACUAUUUAGUACAUGACGUACAAAUUUCCCUGCUAGCUCUUCAGUCCACUAUGUGAAUAACAUGUUUUUCAUGAUCAGUGCCAGUCACAUGACUUCUCUCAAAUUCUGCUGUACAUUGGUCACUGCACAUCUUAUUAAUGAGUUCACACACAGACAGCAAAGCAUACAGGUGUAUUAUUUGUCCUGCAUGCAACAUCUUUUAAAAGGAGAUAAUGAAAAGAAUGGGCAAAGAAAUGGAAAAUGGGAAUGCUAGAAGUGAGAUUUGAGCUGAACAUGAAUGGAAUUGUGGGACAAGUCACUGAUCAUGGGAAUGUGGACACUGCUGCCUUUCUAGAGCCUCUAGGUGGGCGGCCAGGGAAAUGGCCGGUGCGGCGGCGGGAAGGACGGCUGUGUCCCAGAGGAAGCAGUGGUAACAAACUUCACAUGAAACGGCGGGAAGGACGGCUGUGUCCCAGAGGAAGCAGUGGUAACAAACUUCACAUGAAAGGGAAUGACAGAAACAUUUCACAACAUUGAAAGUACAAAUUAUGAAAUGGGAAAAACUAAACAUAAAGAAGUAUGGCAGUUCACCAUGGUGUAUGUUAUUUGAGGGAAAAAGCAUUGUUUAAACUUUUUUGAUUUGUUUUUUUACAGUGAAAUAACACUAAGUCUCCGUCUUUCUAAUGGUCUUAAUUAGUGUACUAAAAACAUACUUUUUACAAUUUUUUCAUUUACAUUUUAACUGAAUAGAACAAUAAUUUCUCCAAUUGAUUAUUAAGAAAGAUUACUCAGAAUAGCGAUUUUUAAUGGUCCCAUACUGUCACCCGGUAACCGGGAACUGCCUACUUCAGGGAAAGCUGAUUUUGUUACAGCUUAGUAGGUGAGCAUUAAGUUAUCUGGGGAAUAAUCUACAUAUCUGUAGUAAAAUACACGAUUUCUUCUCCCUACUUCAUCUGUUUAAAAAGAUGUUCCAGUACUGUAAAUCUGUCAUCAUUUAGACCAUCCAUUCUUGGUGAAAAUGGAUUCUUUGUGGCAAAAAUCUUACUCUGUGUAUAAAGCAUGAAUAUAUAUAUAAAGUGUUGAUUAGGAUUAAAAGCUAAAAAAGGCUCCUGAUGGGAGUACUGAUAAAAAGGAAAAGGAGAAACUCUGGUUGAAACUAAAUUACUUAGAAAUUGAAACGAUGUUGGAAUUUGGGUAUUGUUUGGAGAAUGGGACUUCAUGAUGAUUUAUCUCUGCUUUAAAAAAAAAAAACAGUUACCUGUUGUUCUAAAAUCUUCCAUCUAGGAUACUGCCAUUAAAGUAGGUUUUUAUUUUGUUUGUUUUCCCUACAUAUAGUACUUUAGUUUAAUCAAAUGAGCUUUAAACAACUUUAAAUAUAUUUUAACCAUUGAAACUAAAUUUAUACAGCCAGGUUUAUUGCCAGUAGAGGUUUAUUUUUCUGAACACUUUUAGAGUCUCUUUAAAAGACUGGUUUUACUUUAAUGGAAUGCCAUUUUCAACCACAAAAUUAAAUGUCAUUUUUAAGUUAUAAUUGUUCGCUGACCUGGUUGUCAGUAGUACAGUUAAUCAAUUCUUUGAUUUAUAUGUUGCAGCAGAGCACUGGCAAAAAGAAUAUUUUAGCUUUAUAUACUAACAUCAGAUGGUAGAUUUUUUUCUGAAUUAAGGAAAUAAUUUCUUAUAAAGGACUUUAACAUAGACUCUAAUUUUACCUGAACUUCUAGGAUCACUAAACCUUCUUAAUCGCAUUACUGCCAUCAUUUUUGUUGCUUCUAAUGGUUAUUUAGUAUAUUACUUAGGCUCUUCUAGAAACAAAUUAAAAUCUUAGUUUUUUUGUUUAAAAUACGAAUAUUUCCAGCAGAAUAAAUGACUUUAAAGUUCCAAUUGUUUCAGCAUUACUUAGAAUAUUUUAUAUUAUUUUUCAAAUAUGGUAAAGUCUUUCAAGGAAAAAUUUCUUAGAUAACUACUAUGCUAAUAUUUAUUUGUUAACCCUUAUUUAGGAGACCAGAUUUUUAAUGACCAUGCAAGAGGUAUAGAAAGAAAUAUCUGAUUUAGAGCACGUUGUUAAUAAAAACUGUGUUUUGGAAAAUAUCACAAGCCUACUUACUGUUUUUUAUUAUAAAAUUUCAGAUAUACAGAAAACAAUGAAAUCAUCUAGACCCUUUUUACAUUUUGGUAUGAUUCAAGGUGGCUGAAUUAUUUUAGAAUGCUAUUACUCUAAAAAGCAAAACUAAAAGUUAUAAAGAUAUUUAACUUUUGUAUGUGCCUCCUGGUGGAGAAGUUAAUGUAGAGCCAAAAACAUUGAUCUUAUGUAAUGCUGGUCACAAAUGUUGAAGUAAAAAUGCAUGUGUGUAUUUGAAUAAUACAAAUGACAUUGCAUGCAACCUUUUUUCUGUUUACCUUUUAUAAAUAAAAUAGGUCUGGAAUAUUGCA